AUGUGAAAUGCAAACAGGUUGGAGAUCUGGGCAAUUUUCCAGCAAAGUGGGGGGAACGGAGGGGGGCCAGCAGUAAGAUUUUUAUGGUGAGAAUCACCUGAGUAGGGCAAACAGAUGCUGGUGAGCACCAGGCUAUAAAGGGCAGAUCCUCUCCUCUCCCGUCCCGGUGACUCGCCGCAAGCCGCUAUUCCUCACCAUCUCCGGACAACAGGGAGCACGGAGGAUGGCGGCUGCGGCCAGACUCGCCUUGCUGCUGCUGGGCUGCGCGGGGCUCCUGCGGCCGCUCGAGGGCCGGUACAUCGGCUACUGCCCCGACGGCUGGUCCUACUUCUACCUGAGCUGCUUCAAAUACUUCUCCGAGCCCCUGAGCUGGGACGAGGCUGAGAGGCGGUGCCAGGACGUGCAGAAAGGCGCCCACCUGGCGUGGGUGGAGAACGCCCACGAGGCAGCCACGCUGCGCAGAACCGUCUCCUACCACCAGCGUGUGCAGCCCGUCUGGAUCGGGCUGCAAAAGAGCAAACAGAGCCAGGCCUGGCAGUGGACAAAUGGGGAGGACUACGGUACCGCCGGCGAGGUGCCCGGGAACGGUGCCCGCGGGGGGAGCUGCGCCGCGCUGACCCAUGACAGCGGCUUCUCCGUGUGGUCCAGCGCCGACUGCUCCCAGCAGCAUCACUACAUCUGCAAGUUCUACCCCUUGCGAUGAGCGCAUCCCAGGACCCCGCGCCGGCGGCGCUCCUCCCGUGCCACCCCCGUGUCUCUCCCCAAAACUCCUAUAAAUACAUCUUAUAAAAAAAAGAAGCAUGCAAGUGCUGUGUGAGCCUGGUGC